UUGCUCUGGGGUAUCAAGAUGGCAGCGCGCAGGUCUCUGAGGAAAGGAAAAGGGGCUGGGAUGGAGUGAGCCCCGGACCUUUUGGCCUCGGUUGGAGAAGAGAUCGGGACCCGCCGGUCGAGGUCGGGCAUUGUAUCCUGCGCCCAUUCGCCGCUCCCGCUGUGGAGAAGAAGCGCUAUGAGGUGACGGGAAGAUGGCGAGCGACGGGGGGAAGAAGCAGUUUUGGAAGCGGAAUGUGUCUCGGGUGCCGGGCAGUAUUCAACAUGUGUAUGGAGCUCAGCAUCCUCCUUUUGAUCCACUGUUACAUGGAAAUUUAAAACAAGGAACUAAGCCUCCUACAACCCCAGUAAAAACAAAGAAAGUCAGCACAUUUCAAGAAUUUGAAAGCAACACAAGUGAUGCCUGGGAUGUAGGAGAAGAUGAUGAUGAACUUUUAGCAAUGGCUACAGAAAGCCUCAACACUGAUGUAGUCAUGGAAACGGCUAACAGAGUAAUUCAGAAUCACAGCAAAUUACAAGAGCAGCACAAAUUGCAGGAGGAACAGAUAGAAAGGGAACAGCCACAGAAAAAUUCAGAAUUGCCUUCUGCUGCAUGUGGUGACAACAGACUGAUUAAAUCUGUCAGUGAAACAAACGCAUCAAGUUCUGCAGAUGACACUAAUGCAAAUACUUCUGUGCCAAGAUCUCAGUCUCUUCCGCAAGCCUCUACAUGUGCACUUACUGGUGGAGUUGCCGAUAAUUCCUCUGGUAUUCAUAUAUUACCUGAAAGAGAAGCAUUGCGAUUAGAUAAAUUCAAACAGCUUCUUGCUGGCCCAAAUACAAACCUUGAAGAAUUGCGGAAGCUGAGUUGGUCAGGAAUUCCAAAACUUGUACGACCAAUUACAUGGAAGCUCCUGUCAGGUUAUCUUCCUGCAAACACAGAUAGGCGAGAAGGCACUUUGCAAAGAAAACGGAAAGAAUACUUUGCUUUCGUUGAACAAUAUUAUGAUUCAAGAAAUGAAGAAACUCACCAGGACACAUACAGACAGAUUCAUAUAGAUAUUCCUCGCAUGAGUCCAGACGCUUUAAUUCUUCAGUCCAAAGUAACAGAGAUUUUUGAAAGAAUUUUGUUUAUCUGGGCAAUACGUCAUCCAGCCAGUGGAUAUGUUCAGGGCAUAAAUGAUCUUGUGACUCCUUUCUUUGUUGUCUUCACUAGCGAAUAUACAGAAGAAGAUUUGGAAAAUUUUGAUGUUUCCAGUCUUUCCACUGAGAAACUGCAGAAUAUUGAAGCUGACAGCUUCUGGUGCAUGAGCAAACUGCUUGAUGGAAUUCAGGAUAACUAUACCUUUGCUCAACCUGGUAUUCAGAAGAAAGUGAAAAUGCUGGAAGAGCUUGUUAGUCGGAUUGAUGAGCAAGUACAUAAACACAUAGAUCAACAUGAAGUAAAAUACCUUCAGUUUGCUUUCCGUUGGAUGAAUAACUUACUGAUGAGAGAAGUGCCCCUGCGAUGUACCAUAAGGCUUUGGGAUACAUACCAGUCUGAACCAGAAGGUUUUUCCCACUUCCACCUAUAUGUCUGCGCUGCCUUCCUUGUCACAUGGAAAAAGGAAAUCCUUGAAGAAAAAGACUUCCAAGAACUACUAAUCUUUUUACAGAAUUUGCCUACGAUGCACUGGGGAAAUGAAGAUAUCAGUGUUCUCCUUGCUGAAGCCUACAGACUGAAGUUUGCAUUUGCAGAUGCACCGAACCAUUACAAGAGAUAAAAAGAAAUUACGAAGUGUGGCUCUGAUUGUGACACCAAAUCAGUUUCUAUAUUGUGGUUGUGCUGGCACACAAUUGUCUACUGUUGAGCAAGAAUCUAUUGGAUUACCAAAGAAAUGAGAGUACAGGCUUGGGGAAAACAUUGUGUACUUAAAAAGAA